AUUUCUUACAAAAAUCUAAUUAUGUUGUUGAGAUAUUGUUGAAAAUAUUUCAUCAUAGUGAUAGUGAAAUGGCGGGCGUUGGGUGUAAGCGGGCGUUGGGUGGUUGAUCACGUUAGUUCAUUGAGUGGAUGAGUUCAUUGGGUGGUUGAGUCACAUUAAUUCUUUUCUCAUGAAGUGUUGUUUGUUGCCUUUCACUCGCGGUAGCAAGAUAUCAUACGGAUUGCCAGUAACAAGCUUUACCUCACCAUGCUCCCUGAAUAGUCGUUCGUUCGCUCCGUGACAAUCCGUCUCUAUCGUGCAACACCGCAUGGUGCAGGCUAUCCAAUAAUUCCUUAUUUCCCUCCCGCCCCAGAAAGCUAUCGAGCUACUUAGAAAUCUAGCUCUUAAGCAAGGAGUAAGGUAAAGAUGGCUUCCUCCAAAAGAGUCGAUCUAGAGAAGAAGGCCAUCAUCGUCUUGGACUCGGACAACACCUCCCCUUAUCCAUCCGAGAUGUUGCCAGAAGAGCAGACGAAGCUGGAUCGAAAGCUGCUGCUUAAACUUGACUUUCUGCUGGUGCCAAUGAUGGGGAUGCUGUAUUUGCUUGCUUUCCUUGACAGAGCUAAUAUUGGCAAUGCUCGUGUGGCUGGCCUGCAGAAAGAUCUCGGUAUCACGGACUUGCAAUAUCAAACAGCUAUCACGGUGACCUACGUCCCAUAUAUCGCAGCUGAGCUGCCAUCAAACCUCCUCAUCAAAAAGAUCGGGCCCCGUAUCUUACUCCCAGCCCUCUGUCUCUCAUGGGGCAUCGUCACCACUCUCCAGUCGCAGGUCAAUAACUACCCUGGCCUCAUUGUCGCUCGUUUUUUCCUCGGACUCCUCGAAGGAGGUCUAUUCCCUGGGAUUGUCCUCUACCUAUCCUCCUUCUACCGCCGUCAUGAGCUGCAGGUGCGGGUCGGUCUAUUCUUCUCCGCUGCAGCCCUUAGCGGCGCUUUCUCCGGCCUCCUCGCCGCCGCCAUCCAAAACAUGGAAGGCGUCGGUAACCUCCGCGGCUGGCAAUGGAUCUUCCUCCUCGAAGGUCUUUUCACCGUACUCUUCGGUAUACUAUCUUUCUUCAUCCUACCCAACAACCCCAGCGAAGUCUCCCUCUUCAACCCUGAAGAAGUCGAACACUGCACCCGCCGCCUAGCCCUCGACACCAACCUCCCAGACAACGAAACCGUAACCUUGAACCGCGUCCUCUCCGCCUUCAAAGACCCACACAUUCUUAUCAUGUGCGCCAUCCUCUUCUGCAGCGGCGCUAACCUUUUCGGCCUCUCCUACUUUACACCAUCCAUCGUCCAAGCGCUCGGAUACAGCCCGACACGCACACAGCUGCUCACCGUCCCGCCCUUCGCCUGCGCCUUCGUCGCAACCAUGAUCGCCGCGUACUUCGCGGACAGGUACAAGCAGCGCGGGGCCGCGGCAGUCAGCACCAGCAUUAUCGCCCUAGUAGGCGCAGGAAUGGCGCUCAAAGUCCGCUUGACCGCCAGCAGGUACGCCUCCAUCUUCCUGCUCAUCACGGGCGUCUACUCCACCGCGCCUAGCUUAAUAAGCUGGGUGACGAAUAACACUGCGGGCCAUGUGCGGCGCGCAACGGCCAUUGCGAUGGUCUUUGUCAGUACGAACUCGGGCGGGAUUGUUAGUACGUGGAUCUACCCGCGCAAGGAUGCGCCAUAUUACCUGUUCGCGGCGAAGUUUAACCUAGCGCUACUUGUGAUUACCAUUGUGUUGUGUGGGGUGCAGGUAGGGUGGUUGAGGAGGUUGAAUCGGAGGAAACUAGAGAAACCCGAUGAGGUUCUGGGAGAUGUGCUGGGUGUGGGGUUGCAGGCACAGUUGACUGAGUUGGGAGAUAAGCAUCCGGAGUUUGUGUAUACCUACUGAGCCCAUUGGGUAAUGGGAAUUCUUCUGGUGACGUGGGAAUUGCGCGACGGAAAGGAGUUCCUCCUUCCGAAUAUAUACCAUGUCAAAUCUGCGUUUGACACUGGAAUGAAUUGAAAUUUACGGCGAUUAUACCGUGUAUAAAGCAAAAGUUCUAGUUCCUUUUAAUAUUCUGAAAAUUCAAUUUCAUGGUCGAACCUUUUUAUUUUGUUUCCCAUAACUCUCAGUCAGUCCUUUUGGCCUAGUACUGUAAUGGGGAUGACGAUGUUUCAAAGCAGGUGGAACCAUGGAAGCAUCGACUCAGAGAAGGAGUGGGAGUGAGAUGGAAACAUAUAUAUAUGAGGUUCCAUCCAUCUAGGUUACAUUUGGAGAUAUGCAGUGCAGCGGGGGGAAGCAUGGUUGAAUUUGUGAGAGAUGUAUGUUUCAUAUGAACAUUCUAUGCAAUGUCUAAUAGGCUCUUGUCUACAUAGUGUGUUGAUCUCAGAGAGAAUUCUAGUUUGCUUCAUUGAAAUCUCAUUGAUCUUGAAUAUUGAUUUUGAAUUGUGUAUAUAUGUGUGUGCUCCAUCUGCUAGCUACCGCAUGAGGUGUAGCACCCAUUGCCAGCCCAGCCAAGCAAAAAUUGCCCUAAAAAUUAAGAGCAAGAGCAGACACUAAUAAAGCAAUCUCCGUAGAGUGAAUUGUAAUGUUCUCCCAGAUGAUCUCAUAUACAUGUGUACGCUGUACAUUUAC